AUGUCGCCUAUGAAGAAAGUAUUACGGCAAACUUCAACUAAGACUUCGAGUGACGCACCCUUACAAUUCCCACAGCUCACAGCUGCACAGAUCGGAAUCACAAGUAGCGUCGGUGUCUUUGACUCUUUACUCCUGCGCCGCCCGCACGUAGGAUCCUCAGUCGCCUGCUGGUUGUCAAUGAGUAAUAGUGAAGUGUUAGCUAGCGAAAGUGACGAAAAUGAGCCAUCGUCGUCAGCCAUCGUCGACGUGUACGGUGCACCGAUAGGGCCAUCGGGAGACGGGCAACUCGGAGACGCGAUGGUGAAAGUCAUCAUGGUCCUUUACAGAUCAGUCUUCAAACUAAGGAACCUUCUAGAAGCGAUGCUAUAUUCCACUACACUCAAAGACGGUUACGACAACCGUCUGCGAAAAAAGCCGAUCGUGGACUAA